CACCAACCACCACCACAGAAAGACUCAGCAGUGUGUAUAAGAAUGAGUAAUACAUUUCUUCCUUCCCAUCACAAAUUCACAAUCCAUCAAACUACUCUCCUUCUCAUAUCUCUCUGAAUCCUUCCACCUGUAAGAAAACAAAAUGAGUUGGGUUAUGUUUGUUCUUCAUCAAUUUCUUCUGUUAUUUCUCUUGUCUUCUUCUUCUUUUUCUACUUCUGCACGCCAUACCUGCCUUGAGGACCAGAGAUUUUCACUUCUCCAAUUUAAAACAACAUUUACCAUAACUGCUAAUGCCUCUUCUCCACGUUGUGAAUCUGAUUCUCAUCCUAAAAUGGUGUUCUGGAAUGAGAGUAGUGAUUGCUGCUCGUGGGAGGGGGUCACCUGCGACUGGUCGAAUGGUCAUGUGAUUGGACUUGACCUCAGUUGCAGCCACCUUCAGGGCACCAUCCAACCCAACACCACCCUCUUCCACCUUCGUCACCUCCAAACCCUCAAUCUUGCCUUCAAUGACUUCAAUUUCUCUACAAUUUCACCUGAUUUUGGCUCCUUUCCAAGUUUGACCCAUCUCAACCUCUCUUGCUCUAAUUUUACUGGCCGAAUUCCUUCAAAAAUCUGCCAUCUGUCCAAAUUGAUUUCCCUUGAUCUCUCUUUUAUGAAUUAUAAUCCUUAUGGUGUUGAUUAUUCUCCGGUGAGACUUGAACAACACACUUUCAAUAUGCUCCUUCGAAACCUAACCCAAUUAAGAGAACUACACCUUGAUUCGUUGAAUAUCUCUUCACCUUUACCUCGUGCUUUGCUAAAUCUAUCUUCUUUGACAUCUCUCCGUCUUCGCAAUUGUCAACUGCGUGGGAAAUUCUCAGAAAACAUUUUUCACUUUCCAAACCUACGAGAGCUCCUUGUAUGGGGAAAUCAGGACCUCACAGGUAAACUUCCAUACUUCAAUGCAACUAGUUCCCUUCAGUUUCUUGAUCUUGGCGACAUAAGUUUUUCUGGCCAAUUGCCUGAAUCAAUCGACAAUCUUAAAGCCUUGAAUAUUUUGUACGUCAUCAACUGCAACCUUUCGGGGUCCAUUCCAGCUUCUGUUUGGAGCCUUACAAAACUUAAUAGCUUGCAUCUUUCCUUAAACAAUUUGACCGGACAAAUACCGGAUUCCCUUGGCAACAUGAGCCAACUUAAUAGCUUGCAUCUUUCCUUAAACAAUUUGAACGGACAAAUACCGGAUUCCCUUGGCAACAUGAGCCAACUUACUAACUUGGAUCUUUUCGGAAACAAUUUGAACGGUCAAAUACCGGAUUCCCUCGGCAACAUGAGCCAACUAACUUCUCUCUAUUUGAGUUAUAACUCACUCAAUGGGACAAUACCAUCUUCGUUGUUUGCUCUGCCUUCACUGGUUGAGAUAGAAUUGAAUAACAAUAAGCUACAGGGACCAAUUCCAGGAUUAGUUUAUGAACUCCAGAACCUAACAUGCUUGUUGGUUUCGUCAAAUAACUUAAGUGGUGUAUUGGAUCUAGAUAAGCUUCUAAAGCUUAAAAAUCUGAUCUCUCUUGGUCUCUCAUAUAAUGGUCUCUCAUUGAGCAUCAACAAUAGUGUCAACUCUACCUUGACCAACCUUGAAGUUAUAGGAUUAGCUUCUUGCAACUUGAGCGAAUUCCCAAACUUCUUGAGAGAACAAGCCAAAUUGCGUUCUCUAGACCUUUCAAACAACCAAAUUCACGGUGAAGUUCCAAAAUGGUUAUUCAAUGUGGGGAAAGAUUCAUUGCAAAAUUUAGAUCUUUCAGAUAAUUUCCUUACAAGUUUAGAGCAUCUUCCAUGGAAGAAUCUACAAUAUAUUGACCUGCACUCCAACUUACUCCAAGGACCACUCCCUAUUCCACCUAACACCACAAUUGUUUUCUCUAUCUCAAACAAUAAAUUAAGCGGGGAAAUCCCUCCAUUGAUUUGCGGUCUGAGUUCACUUCAAGUUCUUGGUCUGUCUAAUAACAGUUUGAGUGGCUUGAUUCCACAAUGUUUGGGAAACUUGAGCAACAGUCUCUCGGUGCUGAAUUUAGGGAUCAAUAGCUUUUCUGGCACCUUUAUUGCAACAUUUACCAAAGGCAAUUCGCUAAGGAAUAUUAACUUGAAUGGCAACCAAAUUGAAGGACAAGUUCCGCGAUCUUUGCUCAAUUGUGAAUACUUGGAAGUUCUAGAUCUUGGAAAAAACAAGAUAAAUGAUACAUUCCCUUACUGGUUGGAAACUCUUACAGAAUUGCAGGUUCUUGUCUUGAGAUUUAAUAGGUUUCAUGGUCACAUAGGCACCUCCAAGACCAAAGGCAAACAUCCUUUUCCGAAGUUGAGAAUUAUUGACAUGUCUUGCAAUGAGUUCACUGGCCUUUUGCCAACAAAUUAUAUCAAACAAUUUGGAGCUAUGAUGAAUGUUGAUGAACAUGAAAUGAAAUUGAAAUACAUGGGUGACAGCUAUUAUCAAGAUUCUGUGGUGGUGAUGAUUAAAGGACAUGAGAUUGAAUUAUCAAGAAUUUUAACAGUCUUAUCAAUCAUUGAUUUUUCAAGAAAUAAAUUCCAAGGAGAGAUUCCGAAAUCCAUUGGGAAGCUUAAUUCACUUCGGGGUCUUAACUUAUCCCAUAACAACCUUGAAGGCCGCAUUCCAACUUCACUUGGAAAUUUGAAAAAUCUUGAAUCAUUGGAUCUUUCCUCAAACAAGUUUGUUGGGGAGAUUCCUCAGCAAUUGAAAAGUUUGACGUUUCUUGAGGUACUAAACCUUUCGAACAACCAACUAGCAGGACUAAUUCCUCAAGGGAGCCAGUUUAAUACAUUUGGAAGUGAUUCAUAUGGUGGGAACUUGGCCUUAUGUGGAUUGCCUUUAUCAAAAGAAUGUAAGGAACUACUGCCACUGCCACCUCCACCAACACUCCAACAAGAUGAGAAUUCAGACAAGUCAAGCGGAUUUAACUGGCAAGUUGUAGUGUUGGGGUAUGGAUGCGGAUUUCUAUUUGGAAUGAUUAUGGGAUAUCUUAUGUUUGUAACUCGAAGACCAGAAUGGCUAAUGAAAAUUGUUGAAGGAAAACAUCAUAAGAAGGUGAAAAGGUCUAAGAAGGGUGGCCACUGAUGCAGUGAAAGAAGAAAUCAAUAAAGAAAAAUGGCAUUAUUCGGUUUGUUCCAUUAAGUAGCACAAUAAAGCAAUGGUAUCCACUUGAAGGGGUGUUUCACCUAGCUACUGCAUUUGAGUGGGUGAGCAUCUGGAUAACAGCCAUUCAGGACCACUUCAAAAGCUUUACCCUUGCUGCGGUAUUGAAUUCUAAAGGUUUGUUAAGUCGUUUAGUUUUCUUGAAGCAUUGAGUUAAAUAAGCGUUUCAUGUCAUGGUUUUUUGUUGUUUUCUAUGUCACAUCAUGUAGCAACCUUUAGAGAUUUGUAUUUUUGUAUGUAAUUUUUUUUAAAUUGGAUUUCUGUCACAGAAGACUAGGCCAUGCCUAGGUUUUAACUUUGAAAUGCAAUCUUACAAUGAUAGAAUUGUUGUCUACUAGAUAGAGAAUUCAUAUUGAAAAUAAUAUUAUAUGUUACUCUUUGAGCAGUUUUUUA